UUGCUGCUUUUUUAUGCUUUACCCAAACAGAAAGUUUGAUUAUUAUUAGUAUAAAGUUAUUAAGGCGGAAAGUGAUUUCCCCCAGCCCCAGCCCCAGUCAACGUUUUUCUUGUUGAUUAAUUAUAAUUAUAAUUAUUUGCAUUUUUUUUUGUAUUCCUUUUCUCAUACAUAGUUAUCGGUAUCAUAACAUAACAUACCAUAACAUAACCGCUCAACUAUUGAUCAAUAUGUUAUGAUGCAUGUCUGUAGCUAGUAUCCAGUGCUUGCUUCCCAUUCGCAACCCCCCGUCUACCCAGCUAUACAUAGCCGACUCGUCGCCAAGCGCCCAACUAUGCCGUGGGCAACAAACCCUCUCUUCAAGCCGGCGUCGGCGCGCUCAGCUACUGAUGUCGAAGCUGCGCCGUCGGCCGCCGCAGCCGAGCCCAUAGCCGGAGCGGAAGCUGAAGCAGCACCAACCGACGAUGCCAACUCUAGCCGUAGCACGCGGCAGGAGAUUACAGAUCAAGUUGUCGAAUAUGAGUUCAAGGAACCAACCACAAAGUUUACCGCCCACCAAAUAUUUUACAUUUUCAUCCUUGAUGGCAUCGGCGCAAUGAUUGUAUCUGGCGGCAUCAACUUUGCUAUCGCAUAUGCUAUGUAUGCGACCCAGGACGUAGUAACACGGCCCAUUCGCCUGUUCAUGUUUCCAAACACACUUGCAGGAGACUCUGCCGUCACCGUCAUCAUUCAAUGCCUCAUCACGUGGCAUAUCGAGCUCUUCCUCGUCAAUCGCGAUCUGAGAAAAGGCGGUGUGCAUUCCAUCGGCUUCAUCCCCGAGCCCAAGGGGCGCUUCAUGAGAUGGUUCAUGUUCCUCGACCGUCCGGAGCAGACGCAUGCGGUCAGGAGCUUCGUGCACUGGCUCAGCUUCCUGCGCUCGCAAAUCAUUCGGGCUCUGCUGAUCGCCGUGGCCUUCUUCCCUCUAAUCUGGGGCCCCAGCAUCGGCUUCCUGGUCCUAUCGGGCAGGUGGGAGGGUGACGACUGGUACUACGACAGGGUGUGGGCACCGCAGAUUUUCAAGCUCAUUCAGGGAGGCGUGCUGGGACUGCUGACCACACCGCCCAUGGUGAUAUUCUGGCUUACGAGGUGCGGGUGGGCGCUGAAGAAUAACGAGGAGCAUUACGGCGAGCAAUGAAACAAGCACGAGCACUAGGCAAUAGACGCGGACGAAGGUUAUGGGACAUCAUUUGAUGAAUAGAUAUAGACAAGUAAUGCAUUAAUGUAAUAUUGAUAACUCUAAUAUCCAGCGGCGCGCGCCGUGCUAUGGAGAGUUAGAUUCCUUACCAGAUUGCUAUCAAUGUCAGUCCACG